UCCCGGCCGGCAGCGGGCGGCCCGGUAGCCUGCAAACCCGGGUGGUGAGCGGGGAUGGCGGCGGUGGCGGCGUCCGCGGGCCGGCUACUGCGGCUCCGCGCGGCCGGGGCCGAGGGACCCUGGCGUUGGCUGCGUGGCGCGGGGCUGCCGCGGGGCUUCCUGCAGUCCGCCUCGGCCUACGGGGCUGCGGCCCAGAGGCGGCAGGUGGCUCACUUCACUUUCCAGCCUGACCGGGAGCCCGUGGAGUACGGGCAAACUCAGAAAAUGAAUCUCUUCCAGGCAGUAACAAGUGCCUUAGAUAACUCAUUGGCCAAAGAUCCUACGGCAGUAAUAUUUGGUGAAGACGUUGCCUUUGGUGGAGUCUUCAGGUGUACUGUUGGCUUGCGAGACAAGUAUGGUAAAGAUAGAGUUUUUAAUACCCCACUGUGUGAACAAGGAAUCGUUGGAUUUGGAAUUGGAAUCGCAGUCACUGGUGCUACCGCCAUUGCAGAAAUUCAGUUUGCAGAUUAUAUUUUCCCUGCUUUUGAUCAGAUUGUUAAUGAAGCUGCCAAGUAUCGCUACCGGUCUGGGGACCUUUUUAAUUGUGGAAGCCUCACCAUCCGGUCCCCUUGGGGCUGUGUGGGCCACGGGGCUCUCUAUCAUUCCCAGAGUCCUGAAGCUUUCUUUGCCCACUGCCCAGGAAUCAAGGUGGUUGUACCCAGAAGCCCUUUCCAGGCCAAAGGACUUCUUUUAUCAUGCAUAGAGGAUAAAAAUCCUUGUAUAUUUUUUGAACCUAAAAUACUUUACAGGGCAGCAGUGGAGCAGGUUCCUGUAGAGCCAUACAACAUCCCCCUUUCCCAAGCUGAAGUCAUCCAGGAAGGGAGUGAUGUUACUCUAGUUGCCUGGGGCACUCAGGUUCAUGUGAUCCGAGAGGUGGCUGCCAUGGCUCAGGAGAAGCUUGGGGUGUCUUGUGAGGUCAUCGAUCUGAGGACUAUACUCCCUUGGGAUGUGGAUACAGUUUGCAAGUCUGUGAUCAAAACAGGGCGACUGCUAGUAAGUCACGAGGCUCCUUUGACCGGCGGCUUUGCCUCCGAGAUCAGCUCAACGGUUCAGGAAGAAUGUUUCCUGAACCUGGAAGCUCCUAUAUCAAGGGUGUGUGGGUAUGACACACCAUUCCCUCACAUUUUUGAACCGUUCUACAUCCCAGACAAGUGGAAGUGCUAUGAUGCCCUUCGCAAAAUGAUCAACUAUUGACCACGG